AAUCAAUCAACACAUUUGCUACUGCUCAACACAUUUACUUAACCCUUAAAGCAUGCACAGUGUGUUAUAUAGCAUUGCUUUCCCCACGCCACCCCCGCCGCCCAAAGCGCAAAGAGCGUAACUUCGGAACAACGAAACAAUGACGGAGCCGAGUGGAGAGAAUGCCGUCCUGACAGCGCAAUGCCAAUGCAAGGACCUCCACUUCACCUUGACCGUGCCCUCGUCUCUGCUUCCUCUGCGCGGCCACAUCUGCCACUGUAGCGUCUGUCGCUGGACGCACGGGACGCCGUGCAUCUUCAACGCCCCGAUACCCGCGGGCAUUGCCCCUCAGUUCGUGCCGCCCUCGAGGCUCGAAAAGCUGACGCCCUACACCUUCCCCGGGAGCAACUGCGUCCGCUACUUCUGCUCGAGAUGCGGGUGCCACAUGGGGGACGUAGGACCCCAUGACGGCAAGUGGUGCCUGGCGACGUCGCUCUUCCCUGGGGGCCAGGCCGUCUUUGCCAGCAGGACGCACGUCUACACCAAGUCUGCUGCCCCCGGCUCGGGCGCGGGUGGCCUGUUCAAGUACAUCCCCCGCAUCGGUGACAACGAGCUCGGAACCUGGAACCCCUCGGACAGCUCCGAGCUGCUCGCGAAGCCAAUGCCUGUCGAGCCAGGGCCGGAUGGCCGGGAGAGACUUGGUGCUCGAUGCCACUGCGGAGGCGUAUCAUUCACUCUACCUCGCCCUACCGAGGAAACCCUCAAUAAUGAUGUCAUGAAGAAGCUUGUCUCGCCGGUGGAUAGUACCAAGUGGAUCGCUCGCCUCGAUCUGAGCCAUGAAUCCCGCCUCACAAGCGGUGCCUUUGUCUCCGCGUGGGUGGCGGUACCCCUCGCUCUCUACGAGCCGGCAAUCGGACCCGGUUUGUCAGUCGGAGCGAGCAAGACCUACACCUCAUCAUCACCCGCCGAAGUACGGUCCUUCUGUGGGACGUGCGGCGCGACUGUUUUCCGUAUGUAUCGGCAAAAGCUCUUGGAUGGCUCGCAGGACGUCGUCGACGUGUCCGUAGGCAUACUGCGCGCUCCUGGAGGGGUACUGGCAGAGGAUUGGCUCACUUGGAACUUUGACCUGGUCGAGGGGUUACAGGAUGGCCUUGUGGCUGAUGAGGAACUUGCUCGCUCGCUAGUGGACGGAUUGUCUACGUGAACCAUGGAGCUACAAAACAUGGAUACAUACUUUAAGCAUCGAGUUUAUAGGAAUAAAAAGCCCAGAAGCGGCUUCAAUUUAGAAGUGCGGUG